AUGCAUUUCACCACCCCCGCCCUCCUCGCUCUCAUCUCCGCUCCCCUUGCCUUCGCCGCUCCCACUGCCGGCAAGCACGACUACAAGACCGACUGCAAGAAGGAUUUGGAGGCCAAAUGGAACGCUAAGGAUAACGGCUGGAAGAAGAACGAGAAGCUCUUCUACUUCGACGCCGAAUACGUCGUCAAGGCCACACCCGACCAGGUCAUCGCCAACACCGGCGCACCUGCACCCGGUCAGCCCGGCGCCAAGGGCCUCUUCAAAUACGGCAUCAACAUCGCUGAGAACACCAUCUGCUACAACAUCACCCUGAGCGGUGUCACUGGAGACUACCAGUCCCCUGCGCUCACCGCGACUCACAUCCACGAGGCUGUCAAGGGCAAGGCUGGACCACCCAGACUUGCCUUCCCCAACCCUACCGGCCCCGAUGAGCGCCGCACUUCCGUUGGCUGCCUCAAGGGUCCCUUCACCGUUGGCGUUAUCAACCCGACUACCCAGAAGGACCAGGCUGAUGGCUUCCACGUCAAGCAGAUUGUAGCUAACCCCAAGGGCUUCUUCACUGACUCGCACACUGCGCAGUUUGUUGCUGGUGCUGUUAGGGGUCAGCUUGGAUACUAG